CCGUUCGGUUAGAACUUAGCUUCUCUUACGAAUUAGAAAGGAUCUAUCAGAAACUCCGAGGGGCAGCUGUAACUGGGAAAGAAAUCACAAAACAGAAGACAGAUAUUUAUGAACUGUGUGCAAGGGGAAGGUCUAAAAAAACUCAAUGCGUAGAGCUUGGCUGCUUCAAAAGCUUCCGUAUCUGCGUAGCCGCUUCAUUUCGGCACAACGCUUUGUUGCUCUACCUCUCUAAUCCACAAACGAUUAGAGAACACCUGAGGAAUUGCCUUACGGGCAAGGUGGGACGGUGCUGCCUCGUGAGCGCCCAACGUGCGCGCUCCCUCCACAUCACUGACAACUCAAUUAAUUCCGCUGCUCCACGAGACAGACAUGGUCCACGGAACGCGCGCCAGCUGCGAAGAAAAGCUCCGAAUAUGCAGGCUGAUAAGCACCAAAUGACAUCAACCACGCGUCGUAAUAUUUAACUCGCCUGGAUCUGAGACUGAAUUUUGGGCGAUCGCUCUGCUGCGCACUGGAGCGACUCUUUAACAAGUGCAGCCAGCAGUCGGUCCGUGCUUGCAGACUGCCGCACUCAGUGGUCGGCGGACGCACGUUGUAAGAUGAGGCUGGGAAGCAUCAUUUUAUUCGUCGCUCUCUGUUCUUUUACAGCUUAUUAUGUUUAUGAACCAAUUCCCGAAAGGAUAGAGGAGAGAUGGAAACUCAUGCUGACCAACUCUUUUUUCAGAACUCUCAGUCACCUGGCAGACCUUUGCGAGUCAGUGGGUCUGAAGGACUACAUGGAUGUAAUGUAUGUCAUUACUGUAAUAGAAAGGAUCGUACCUGUGUCUGAUGAGCACGUCAAAGUGACAGAAGAAAAGUUUGACGGGGUGGAGGUGGUGGUCUACCAGCCAAAGCACCAGGACAGAGACGCUGAUCUGAGGAGAGCUGUCAUUUACCUGCAUGGGGGAGGAUGGUGUCUGGGGAGUUCCCGAAUGAGUCCGUAUGAUCUGCUGGCCAGAAAGAUUGUCACUGAGCUAGACGCUGUUGUUCUCUCUGUUGAGUAUCGCCUUGCUCCUGCUCACCACUUCCCUGUCCCAUAUGAGGACGUGUACCGCGUGGUCAAGCAUUUCCUCCAGAAGGGGGUGCUCGCCCAGUACUCCGUGGACCCAGAGCGUGUUGCUGUGUCCGGGGAUAGUGCUGGAGGGAACCUUGCAGCUGCAGUCUCCCAGCAGCUGCAAAAAGAGCCUGGCCAGCAGAUCAAGUUGAGGGCUCAGGCACUCCUUUACCCCGUGCUGCAGGCUUUGGACCUCAAAACGCCUUCAUAUCAGCAGAAUCAAGACAUGCCCAUACUGCCACGCACUCUCAUGGUGCGGUUCUGGAGUGAGUAUUUCACUAGCAACAAAGCGUUCUUCAGAGCCAUGAUGGCCAAUGCACACAACAGCCCAGAGUCCUCCAGGCUGCUGAAGUUUGUGAACUGGAGCGCCUUUCUUCCAGAAUCGUAUCACAAAGAAUACAACUACACCGCUCCCGCUGUAACGCAGGGAGUCGAUGAGGAGGUAUUUGGGAUGGAUGGACCUUCUCAGUCAUUGGCCGACCCGAGGGCGUCGCCUUUGCUCGUCCCGGAUGCAGACUUGCACUCUCUACCCAAGGCCUACAUUCUGACGUGCGAGUAUGAUGUUCUCAGAGAUGAUGGGAUCAUGUACGCUACACGACUGCGGGCGGCGGGCGUUGAAGUGACACACCAGCAUUAUGACACAGGAUUUCAUGGAGCACUGAUGUUCACCGUGUGGCCCACUGACUUUCUUAUUGCAUGUCGCAUGACAGACAACUAUAUUAAAUGGCUGAAGGAAAAUUUGUAAAGAAAAAAAAAACUCCUGACUAUAUGGGAGGGUAUUCCAGUUUUUUUUUUCCACACAAUGCACUAAUGUUUGGGUAAAACCUUUCUCAUUGGGUUUUUAACUUUUGGUGGUGCACUUCUUUGGUCAACACUAUUUCUGUGCAAAUUUGAUUUGA